UCUGCUAGUACGGUAUAAACAAACAGAUAUGCAUAAAUACGUAAAGGUCAAACCAAAACUACUUUAGUAGCAGUCGUUUAUCCUUACUCUACAACCAUGCUCCUCGUAACAGCCGUUCUUCUGUGCGUUAGCACUUUUGUGGCGCAAGGGGCUUCUCCUGGGUAUUACUGGAGAGAUUUCGAUGGAAGCAUUCCGCCAGACGCCUACGCCGGUGGCAUAGACAUCAACAGCAGACCGAUAUACAUCGCGCAAGUAUACGAUAGAUUCUUGAUUCCUGCCAAACUUUACUAUAACGACAACACGGCCUACUACGAAUAUGGCGGUAAAGAGUACGGCGUAAAACAAAACAUUAAGAUCCUGUGUACGGAACAUCCGGAACUCUUCGAAUGGAUCAGUACGAGUAACGAAGCGAUCAAUAGCAUCACUGGCAAAUACCUGGUGAAGGGCGGGUAUGAACCUGGAUGUACCACUUAUAUAGGGAGGAUUAGAAAGGAUGGAGAAGUGCUGGUGGGAAAGGCGCUCGCCGACAAUUUACCCGUUCACGCUGGUUUAUAUGUGACUAAAAAUCAGGCGACGCAUCAUAGCACAAAGUUCGAAGUGCUAUCCUUUAAUUUGGAUACGACGAACGACAUUGUUUAACGCAAUUUAAGAAUAUCCGCAAUUUCCCAACCACUCCAACUAGUACAAAUUUAUCUAAAAUACUUCAAUUACAAUGUUACAUCAAAGAGCAUUCUCUUAUACCUAACAGAAUUGGACACUUUUAUAGGAAUAUUCUCUUUUAAACUGAUAAUACAAUUUCAAAAGCCAAAAAAUGCAAAACUUUGUAAUUGAUUUCAUAGUUAGUUUGUGCCAUUAAGUCAAUCUACAAUAAGAAUUUUUCUGAUUAAUUUCUAUAAAAUUCUCAAAAAGAACCGAUCGUUAUUUUUUAUACAAAUCAAAAAAUUACUUUACCUUAAUUGUGUCGUUUUUUUCAAUCGAUGGUUUCCCUGUGAAAAUCUGUAGUUUGUUGCAUUAAAAAAAUAAGCAGCCCUA